AUGGAGGGAGCUGCCGAGAGAGGCGUCCUGGCUGUGCUGGUGGUGGUCCUGGCUGGGCUGGCAGCCUGUGGAUCUGGCAGCGAAAUCAUAGAGGGUCCCAAGAACGUCACGGCCCUGAAGGGCUCGGAGGCUCGCUUCAACUGCACCAUUUCCCAGGGCUGGAAGCUCAUCAUGUGGGCUCUGAGGGGCACGGUGGUGCUGAGCAUGACGCCUAAUGGGUCCAUCAUCACCAGUGACCGCUUCACCUCUGCGAGCUACCAAGAGGGCGGGAACUUCAUCUCCGAGAUGAUAAUUCACGACGUGCAACUCAGCGAUGCCGGGCAAGUCAAAUGCAGCCUCCAGAACAGCGACCGGGAUGGAGCCGCCUUCCUUUCCAUUCAAGUCAUGGGGCAGUUGCUCAUUCCUGGAGGCAGCCUUGUAGUCACUGAGGACAAUCCUUGUAACGUAACUUGCCGUGCGCUGAACUGGACCCCGCUCCCAGAUCUUUCCUGGGAGAUAGGGGUUCCCGUGAGCCAUUCGAGCUAUUAUUCCAUCCCGGAGCCUGAGGGCCUUCAAAGUGUAGAGAGCAUCCUUGCUCUGACGCCGCAGGGGAACGGCACUGUGACUUGUGUGGCUGAGAUGAAGGGGCUGGACGUCCGUGAGUCUGUAACUGUCCGUCUCACUGUGGUUCAGCCUCCCUUGGACAGUAUUGAUAAACCAGGUACAUCAUUGCCUACCUGGGCCAUAGUUCUACUUGCUGUGUCAUUGUUAUUGCUUUUGAUCCUCAUCAUUGUUCUGAUUAUAAUAUUAUGCUGCUGUGUCUCCAGGACAGAGAAAGAAGAACCUAGUUAUCAAAGUGAAAUAAGGAAAUCUGCAACUAUGAAGACAAGCAAAGACACUCUAGGGACAAAGUUGGAAAUUGGAAAUGAAAACUAUGGCUACCAUUCAGAUGAGCCAAGGACCAUACAUGAGUGGCUGGGUUUGGACACCGAGCCAGCUUCCCUCCAUGACAAGUCCUCUGAAGCCAGUGUUCCAGAACAACGCAGCGGUAGGCAACCUCAUCAGGAGUCUAAUCACCGCCAGCUGGGCCCAGCAAAUCACCCACCGGUUUCCUUUAACAUGGGCAGUCCUAAGAAGGUCAGGAAUGUGACUUUGGUAUAG